GGUACGUAACGCAAGAGUCAAAGACGUCCGUCUUGCGCUUGUUUACAUUAAAAUAAUAACGCGUUCGGUGUGAACGGCCCCUUACCUCUCUGGUUCACUCUCGAAGGUAAGCGUGAAUCCUUAAACUAACUAGGGGAUAAUUUCCCUGGAACCCGUCGCGUCACGAAUCACACCAUGACACGCGACGCGACAAGACUAGAACGCUCCCUUUAUUAUCAGCAAGGCAGUCGCGCGCUGGCAGUUUACUUCGUUGAUAUUACUGGCGCUUUCUAAUUUUAUCGCUCGCGUUGCAUCGCUCAGGCCGCCUAGCUACAUUAAUUCUUCAAGUCAGUCACUCCUCCUCCAAACAACCCACCGAGCUCAUAACCGCCCGUGUCAAACGCGUGAACUGUGUGGACGACAGCGGUGUCGCCCCUCAGGUUUUGUUUUUGGUUUUUUUGUAAGCUGCAGUUCAUUACAAGGUAGAGCGGUCUGUUCUUCUGGAUGUUUUGCGAUGCUUAUAACAUUUUCGUGCGCUUCCAUGCGUGUUAUUGAUGGAAUAAGAAGUGUCGGUGCCAGUUGAAACAGCUAGUUACACUGAAUGACAGCAUGGCUAAACGAAGCACGUUAUUCAUCAGAAUUGUAGAAGGAAAGAACCUGCCAAUCAAGGACAUAACUGGAAGCAGUGAUCCAUACUGCAUCGUGAAAAUUGAUAAUGAGGCUAUAAUCCGGACAGCAACAAUAUGGAAGACUCUGUCUCCUUUUUGGGGUGAAGAAUACAAUGUCGAUCUUCCUCCCUCAUUUCGCACAGUAUCAUUUUAUGUUUUGGAUGAAGACUCUCUCAGCCGAGAUGAUGUCAUUGGAAAGGUGUCUGUCAGUAAGGAGCUUCUGACUACUAAACCUCAAGGUGUAGACGGGUGGAUGAACCUGACAGAGAUUGACCCAGAUGAAGAGGUACAAGGGGAGAUUCACCUGCAGAUAUCAGUGCUCGGUGAUGGAGAUAUCCCACGAAAGCUUUGCUGCCAAGUGCUGGAGGCGAGAGAUCUUGCAAAAAAGGAUCGCAACGGGGCCUCUGACCCUUUUGUCAGAGUCAGAUACAAUGGCAAAACAUAUGAGAGUGCGGUGGUGAAAAAGACCUGUUACCCUCGCUGGAAUGAGAGUUUCGAGUUUCAGCUGGAUGAGAUGUUGGCUGAAAGUCUGUUGAGUGUGGAGGUGUGGGACUGGGAUCUUGUCAGCAGAAAUGACUUCCUGGGGAAGGUCCUGUUCAACAUCAACAAGCUUCAGACUGCACAGCAACAGGAGGGCUGGUUUCGCCUGGGGCCUGACAAAUCUAAACACAGUGAAUAUGAAGGAAAUCUGGGUUCUUUGCGGCUGCAGCUUCGGCUUCGAGACGAGGUUGUGUUGCCAUCCAGCCAUUACAAGCCACUCACAGAGCUCCUCAGUCAAUCAGUCGGCUCUCAGCUCAACGGCAACUGGCCAGAUCUCAUCAUGCUGAUUGACGAGACCACUACAGCAGAGAGCAGACAGGAAGUGGCUAAUAAUCUGGUGAAGCUGUUUUUGGGUCAAGGGCUUGUCAAGGAAUUCUUGGAUGUACUGUUCAAACUGGAGCUGGAAAAGACUACUGAGCCCAACACUCUAUUCCGCAGUAAUUCGUUAGCAUCCAAGUCUAUGGAGUCUUUUUUGAAGGUGGCUGGGAUGCAGUAUCUGCACCGGCUUCUGGGCCCCAUUAUAAACCGAAUCUUUGAUGAAAAGAAAUAUGUGGAACUGGACCCCAGUAAAGUAGAACUGAAAGAGGCUGGGUGUGCUGGUUUGCAUCGUCAGCAGACUGAAUCGGAUGUUAUUCAGCAGAGCACCAAUCUCCUGAAUUCGUACCUCUCUGAACUGCUCACCUCGAUCCUGCAGUCUGCCUCCUACUGCCCUCUGCUCAUCUGCCAGGCUUUCCAUCAACUCUACCACAGAGUGCAGGAAUGCUUCCCUGAUCCUGAGUACCGAAAGGUGAAGUUCAUUGCUGUGACCAGCUUCCUGUGUCUGCGCUUCAUCUCACCUGCCAUCAUGUCUCCAAAACUUUUCCACCUGCGAGAGAAACAUGCAGAUGCCCGCACAAGCCGGACACUCCUACUGCUGGCUAAAGCUGUACAGACUAUUGGGAAUAUGGACACUCUGACAUGUUGCUCUAAGGAGCCCUGGAUGGUACGAUUGCAGCCAGCCAUUCAACAAGGCAUAACCCAGCUCAAAGACUUCAUCACAAAGCUGGUCAGCUGCCAUGAGUCAGAGGAUCUCAAUCUACAGACACGAAUGUGUCUCCAGUGUGGCACUAUGGAGAAAGAAGGUUUCCUCUUCCUGCAUAGAACCAAGGACAAGUGCAUGCCCAUGACUUCGCCCUUUAAGAAGUACUAUGUGACGCUGAGCAAAGAUACUCUGUCCUACUCUCGGACACAACACUAUAAAAAGAGCUCAUCUAUUUCACUGCCAAAGAUCCGGGCGAUAGAGAAGGUGGAGGAGAAAUGCUUUGGCAGUGCCAACGUCAUGCAGAUCAUCUCAAGUGAAGACUCUGGUCAGCAGGAGACCCUGUACCUUGACUGCAAGAGUGUAAAUGAGUUGAAUCACUGGCUGUCAGCUUUGAGGAAAGCCUGCAGUCACAACACAAACACUAUGAGCUGCUAUCAUCCCGGAAUCUAUAAAGCAGACAGAUGGAGCUGCUGCCAUCAAAAGGAGAAAACAGACCCCGGCUGUGAUAAAACUAGACAUGGAGUGACUCUACAGGAAUGGUAUGACCCGCUGGAUCCAGACCUGGAGGCUCAGCUGAUCUACCAACAUCUCAGCAGUGUCCAGCAUGCCAUGCGCGAUAAGUAUUAUAAGAUGAGAGAGCUGCAUGGAGCUCAGGAGACGGAUUCUAUUACAGACCUAAAGAAAGUAGAUGGAUUAACAAACCUCAUCAGUAUUCUUCAAGACCUGCAUGAUGCACAUGACGCAGUAGAGGAAGAGGAAAGAUCGAAGAAUAAAAACGUUUUCUUGGAAUUACAAACGUAAACAAAAAGACUCUCUUUCUUUUUUUUUGCACCCAGCUGCAUUUUCACAGUGUUAUUCGGUCAACUGUUCCAACUGCACAGGCUUAAAAACCUGCUGUUAUUUUACAAGUUAAAAUUUGAAAGUAAGUUUGAUUUGGUUUGAUUUUAUAAAUUAUUAUUUUGAUGCAUAUAUUGAUAUUUAGAGGGCUAUGACCAUAAUCCCUUAUUCAAGAUUGUCUUGGGUGUAUUUGGUGUGUAUAUUUGGUAUUAAGGUAAAAUGAAGCCAGACUUUAUUAUCCAGGAUUAUAAUUGUACUGCAAUUGCUUGCCAAAUCAAAAACUGUCUUUGUAGGUAUCUCUACGGACAUCAACUUUCACAUGUAUUAAAACAUACGUUAUAAUUUUUUUUGUGUGUGCGUGAUU